AUGAGAAACAGUACUGUGACCACAUUCAUUCUGCUGGGACUGACAGAUGACCUUCAGCUGCAGGUUCUGAUUUUUAUCUUUUUCUUUCUCACCUACAUGCUGAGCAUAACUGGGAACCUGACUAUCAUCUCCCUUAUGUUACUGGAUUCUCAUCUUAAAACCGCCAUGUACUAUUUCCUACAAAAUUUCUCCUUCUUGGAGAUCUCAUUCACAACUGCCUGUAUUCCUAGAUACUUGUAUAACAUAGCAACAGGUGACAAAGUCAUUACCUAUAAUGCUUGUGCCAGCCAGGUAUUUUUUACUGACCUCUUUGGUGUAACUGAAUUUUUUCUCCUAGCCGCCAUGUCCUAUGACCGCUAUGUAGCCAUCUGCAAACCCCUACAUUAUGUGACAAUCAUGAGUAGCACAGUCUGCAGAAGACUUGUCUUUUGUUGUUGGGUUGCUGGUCUAUUCAUUAUAAUCCCCCCACUGAGUCUAGGCCUAAAUCUGGAAUUUUGUGAUUCUAAUGUCAUUGAUCAUUUUAUCUGUGAUGCAUCUCCCCUCCUGAAAAUUUCUUGUUCAAAUACUUGGUUCAUGGAGCAGACCGUGAUAAUUUGCGCUGUGCUGACCCUCAUUAUGACACUUAUGUGUGUAGUACUGUCCUACAUUUAUAUCAUCAAAACAAUUUUUAGAUUCCCUUCUGUUCAGCAAAGGAAAAAGGCCUUUUCCACCUGUUCUUCCCACAUGAUUGUGGUUUCAAUCACUUAUGGCAGUUGCAUCUUCAUCUACAUCAAACCUUCAGCAAAGGAAUCGGUGGCCAUUAACAAGGGUGUGACAGUGCUCACUACUUCCAUUGCUCCAGCGCUGAAUCCUUUCAUUUACUCCUUGAGAAACAAGCAAGUAAAACAAGCCUUCAGUAACUCCAUCAAAAGAAUUGUGGUAUUUUCCAAAAAAUAA